CUGAAGGACAAGUACUACCACGACACGAAUACAGCUGGACCCCAGUCCCGUCUCCUCGAUGGACUGACGUGGGACGAGGCCCGUCGAAUCCGUGACGACGCUCUGGGGAAGGCUCUGGGACCAGGUGCCGUUAGCGCCUCCAUAUCUGCCACAUCACAUCCCACGGUUGCCGCUGCCAGUAUAUCCUUCUCGACCGCGGUUGAGGACAUACCACUAUGCUCGAGUUCCGUGAUUGUCGGCGAAUCGGAAUCGCAUGAACCGGGAAAACCCGGUCCGUCUGACGUAUCCAUCACCACGGAGCCUCGAUUGUCUCCUCCAGCGACCGCUGGUGGAAUCACCUCGGAAGCAAGCGAAGUUGAGGAGUCCGCCGUGAGCGAUAAAAAGGUAAAAAAGAAGCGCCGAUUUAAGCUUCUUUCAUUUCCGCGCAAAUCGAAGGCGAAGGAGAAGAAAGGCGGCAGCUGA